AUGCCGGAAGUAUCGCUGCACGGGUGUAUGGCAGCGUCCUGUUUAACUCUCUUGAUCUUUGACUAUGCGCUCACAUUUCCAACCGAAGUAUUCCCAAUCCCUUGCAAAACGCUGCUCAAGCUGAACUUGAAUCAGGUGUCCGCUGUGUGGCCGUCGAGGCUACUUUCUUGGGGCCCUCCCCUCUUCUACGUCAACCGCUAUGUUCCAAUCUGUACUCAGGUUCUCAUGUUAAUCUUGAAUGUCAAGGUCCACACGCAGGACCUUUGCCGUCGAAUUUACAUAAUCGCAAUGUGGUCUAUCAUCGUCGGUGUUAAUACAGCUCACACGGUCAUCUACCUCCAAACGUGCGCUAUCUGGGCAAAUAAGCGCUCCGUCGUCUAUCCCCUUCUAUUCCUCCUCCUGGCAAAGAUCACUGUUUCUUGCAUACUGAAUCAGAUGCAACUUGCUCGAUCGACCUAUGUGGAUUCCUAUUUGUUUAAUCCCCCACUGACCGGAUGCUUGGUAUUAUCUACGGAGUUCGUGGCCAGAUGGACCUACGUGGUCGUUUUUAUCUCAGAAGCCCUGACGAUUGGCGUCACGCUUGUCAAAGCCAUUCAGCAUAUUCGACGAUCUAAUUCAUCAUGGGUCAUUCAAUUGUACAGAAAUGGUAUUCUCUAUAGUCUCGUCGUCGUCGUUCUGAGCUUGGCAAAUACCAUCAUACCAAAUAUUAAAUCCCUCCCUCCGCAGUACCAGCUUAUUUUAUCGCCGUAUGCUUCUCCGAUCUAUUCCUUGCCAUUCGUAGCGCGCCUCUGA